UUUUCAAUUUAAAUAAUUUGUUUUUAGUUAUUAUUAGUCAAUCCCCAAAACCCUACCAGCGGCUCCCCCUGUCCCUUCUCUCUCUGUUUAUCAAAAACCCUCUCUCUCUCCUCUUCAGUCCAGCUAAUCCAAACUUUCCGGGGAUCAUCAUUACUUCUCCGGUUUUAAGAUCAGUUUUCUACAGUGAAUUUGUGUCUAUCUUAUGCUGCAAUAAAAAGGGUUUUACGAUGGAUUUUAAGUCGAAAGGUAUAGCCUGGGUUGGCGAUAUUUAUCAGAGGUUUGAAACAAUAUGCCAUGAAGUCGAUAACAUUGUCAACCAGGACCCAGUUAAAUAUGUUGAGAAUCAAGUGCACACUGUGAGUAAGAGCAUGAAAAAGUUAUGUUCUGAGGUUGUUCAAGUAGUUGAUCCAGUAAGAUGUGAAGCUCAGUCAGUGGCUUUAAAAGGAAAUGCUGCUGUUGGCGGAUAUAUUAAAUCAAUGAUUGGUAUUGAGGAAGAUCGUGGACAUACAUCUUCUGUAAAUCAGUUAAUUAUCAAGUCCAGUGAUGUCUAUACGACGAAGAUUCAUCAACCCAGUAAUGCAUUCGGUGGAUGUGACCUUGUAGAUCAAUCAACUACUACAGCUUCUGGGGAAUCCCUUGAAGGGGGAAAUUCUGAUUCAGCUUUAGAAAAUAAUGAAUACUAUGAUUUGAGCACGGAGGAAGAUGCAAUAAAGGAGAAAUUUAACGCACCUGAAGUUUUGGAAUUAGUUUUUCCUAAUGAGAAAAAAUCGUUGAUUAAAACAUUAUCCAGUGAAUUUGUUGAUUCUAAUAAUGACAAUGCAUGUGUUUCUUUGGAUGAGGUUUUGCCUUCGACUAUAUUUGAUGGAGAGGAGUUCCAGUCCCCUCAAGAGGUGAGAACGGCUUUCUAUAGCCCUCCGAAUAACUCUGACACCGUAUCUGAUGCCUCAGGUUCUCUUGUGCUGUCUGAAUUCACUAAUUCUAAUAAUAAUAGUGCAUGUCUUUCUCUGGAUGAGAUUUCACCUUCAACUUUAGUGGAUGGGGAGGUGUUCAAUUCCCCACAAAAUGUGGGAAAUGACUCUGAUACUGUAUCGGGUGCCUCAGAAGCUAUUUUUCUGUCUGAAUUUAGUGAUUCUAACAAUGAAAGUGCAUGUGUUCCGGAUAACAUUGUACCUUCAACUUUAGUGGAAAGAGAGGAGCUACAGUUGCCUCAGAAGAUGGGUACUGUUUGUUACAGCCCCGCACAUGACUCUGGCACCAUAUCUGAUGCCUCAAGUGCUGUUGCUUUGUCUGAACUGUCCUUAUCAGUUGCUUCCUCCUGUGGUUCCAUAUUCACAGAACCUAGUACUCUGCCGGAGAAUUCAUUUAAUGGCAUCCUAACAAAAGUAGUAUCAUGUGGUAACCCUGUUGAUGUCAGUGCCCAUGAUUCUGAAACUGCAAAUUUACUAUUGUCUUCUUCUGCUGCACCAAUUGUUUCUAGUACCACGGAGGUAGCAGACACAGGAUUCACUUGCUCGAAUAGUGUCCUGUCAUUGGAAUCAGCAGGAUGCUCUAAUGACUUCAGUUAUGUUAGUGAUGAUCUGGAAGGCCCUGGAAUGGAAACAAUUGAUUUGUCUGACAAGGUGAAGCUUGAGGAGAGUUGCGUCAUGGUGGAUAAUAGCAUGCUUUAUGAAGCUUCUCGUAGAAUUCACAAACACAGAUCAUUUAAGAAAAAAUUCCAGGAUGUGUUCAACUCAAAAAAGAGAUUAAGCAAGGAGUAUGAGCAACUUGCAAUUUGGUUUUGGGACCUUGAUACAGAGUCUAAACAAGACACAACACAGCAUCAGUUGCCAUCUAGCUCAACUUUAUGCUUGGACCCUGAUCUCCAAGUACUUGACUGUGAAUGGGAGCUUCUGUAAAUAACUCCAAAACUGUAUUUUGUUAACAGCCACUGGCUGGUUUGGGUAGCCUCUUGUUCAGGUAAAUGAUAACACACCUUAUGAAUAAUUAUAGUUGAGGACUCCCUCUUUUUAGUACAGAAGUAUAGAAUAAUAAUUUAGAUUCUGAUCUGAUAAGCUGCAAUAAUAUUCAACUUCUCUGUGCUGAGCUUCUGCAA